UGUCUGGCUUCUUGGAUCGUGGCAGCCAUCUCAUGCUGCCGAGCGCCGCCUUGUGAGAUGAUUCCGAGGGAUGCUCCGUUGGCUGAAGCAGCGGAGACAAUGACGACGAGGUGUGAGCCAGCUAGGAACUUUGAAGAGGCAGGGCAGGGCAGGGCAGGAAGAAGCAGGCAGGCGAUGAGGCACAACGACGCAGAGCAGGUGGAGACGGCGAGACAGUUGCAACGCGGGGGAAGUUGCAGGCCGGCGAUUGGGCAAUGGGGCGAGGCUUGCUCUAUUAGGCCUAGUUGUGCCUGGUCUGGUCCUGCCACGUCAGAUCACCCGCCAAAACCUUCCGUGCAGUGCAGGGCCCCCUUCAUCGCCAGGGACUGUCUGAAGCACUCGCCCUCAGCAGCCAACAUAUCACGGACGGCACAGUCAAAACCACAGCACCAGAUGCUGGCACGCCUCGGUCUCGGCUGGCAAUCGCUACCCUCACCAGCCCUGCUGGCUCUAGUCGGCCACGCCUGUCCAUGACAGGGACCCAUGUACCCUAUCUCCAAGCAGGGAAUAGACGGGAGAAUCUCACUCAGGCACCCUGCUCUCGAGAGCUACACGUACCCCCUCCUCGUCGUCCUGGUCCAUUUUCCGAAAUUGUCAAUGGGUUGCAAGUCGCCAUGGAGCCUCGCCCGCCAAAAUUGCCCAUUCGGAGCUCCCGCUAGGUACUUUUCUCAUUUCAGCAUGUCUGGACCAACGACGAGGCCUUCGAGGAGAGUGGCACUUUCAAGUUGAGGCGGGAACAAAAGUUCGUCUUCAUCACAGCUAACCAAGCUGGCG